CAUCCUUCAAAAAUAAUAAUAAAUCUCUGGGGUUCUUCUCCGGCAGCUCCAUAUUUCUCUCUCUAAUAACUUCGCGUCAGAACUAAUUUUUCAGGGGUUAAAAAGAAGAAAGAGAAAUGGGGUUGACAUUCACAAAAUUGUUCAGUCGGCUUUUCGCCAAGAAAGAGAUGCGCAUUCUGAUGGUUGGUCUCGAUGCAGCUGGUAAGACCACCAUCCUGUACAAGCUCAAGCUUGGCGAGAUCGUUACUACAAUUCCGACCAUUGGUUUCAAUGUGGAAACUGUUGAGUACAAGAACAUCAGCUUCACUGUUUGGGAUGUCGGGGGUCAGGACAAGAUCCGUCCAUUAUGGAGGCACUACUUCCAAAACACACAGGGUCUCAUCUUUGUGGUGGAUAGCAAUGACAGAGACCGUGUGGUGGAGGCAAGAGAUGAAUUGCAUAGGAUGUUGAAUGAGGACGAGCUAAGAGAUGCAGUAUUACUUGUAUUUGCCAACAAACAAGAUCUUCCUAAUGCAAUGAAUGCUGCUGAAAUAACUGAUAAGCUCGGCCUGCACUCGUUGAGGCAGCGUCACUGGUACAUCCAGAGCACCUGUGCUACCUCCGGAGAGGGGCUAUACGAGGGGCUAGAUUGGCUCUCUAACAACAUUGCUAACAAGGCAUAGAACUUUAUGCAGUUACUUGUGCUGAGUUGAUGAUGGAUGCAGGCAGGUUUUUAUCUGGUCUUAUAUAUCUAGUCUGUGUGGUUAUGGAUUUUCACUUUUCAAGUCUUUGUUUUAGGACCUCUGUAAUGGUUACUGGUUUGUUUUAUAUGAUUGUUUAGAUAUGAAUAUAAUGCUGUUAAACCUGCAUAUGAAUCGAUCGAAGAUCACCCUUUUGAUGGUUACUAUUUUUUGCACU